AUGAAGAGUGAGAAUGAAACUUCUUCAGCAGACUUCAUUUUGCUGGGACUCCUGAGUCAGAGCAAUGUACACAAGUUCACCAUGGCCAUGAUCUUAUUAGCCUUCAUCACUGCCUUGUCCGGGAAUGCUCUUCUCAUACUUGUAAUCCAAGUGGAUCCCUCCCUUCACACUCCCAUGUACUUUUUCCUCUGCCAAUUGGCCUUCACGGACAUCUGUCAGACACUGAUAAUUGUCCCCAAAAUGUUAGCUGACUUCCUGAUCCCAGGCAACCCCAUUUCUCCAGCUGGCUGUGGGGCUCAGAUUUUCCUCAUGCUGACCAUGGGUGUAUCAGAGUGCCUCCUCCUGGCAGUCAUGUCUUAUGACAGGUACAUAGCAAUCUGCAACCCCUUGCAGUACCCCAUCCUCAUGAGCAGGAACAUCUGCUCUGUUUUAUCAGCUGGAGUCUGGAUGGGAGCGUUGGUAGAUGCCUUGAUUCACACACUUUUUACACUGUCUCUCCCCUACUGUGGCUCAAAAGACAUUGACCACUUUUUCUGUGAGGUCCCAGCCCUGAUCAAAUUGUCCUGCUCUGAUACCUCCCAAUAUGAGGCUCUGGUGUUUGUGAGUAGCAUUGUCCUGCUCUUCAUCCCUUCUUCCCUUAUACUAGCCUCUUACUCUUGUAUCCUCUCCAGGGUCCUGAGGAUGAAGUCAACCAAAGGACAGCAGAAAGCUCUGGCCACCUGCUCGUCCCACCUGACUGUGGUGGUCAUGUUUUACGGGGCAGCCAUCUUUAUGUACAUGAGACCCAGCUCCUACCACUCCCCAGAGCAAGACAAGAUUGUGUCUCUCUUUUACACCAUUGUCCCCCCAGUACUGAAUCCACUCAUCUACAGCCUGAGAAACAGGGAUGUCUUACGAGCCAUAAGAAAGCUGUUUGGGAAAUGCAGAGACUUCCAGCAAAAUUGA